CCCUCCUAGUCAAAACCACAUGAUGAAAGCUUAGCGUGUAGCAGAUGAAAUUUUUUCGCCCUCGGAUCACCCAUCCCCAAGCUCUCUCUUCACCGGGCUCAAGGGCGAAAGGAUGUGGUCUUCAUGGGGGAAUGAUCUCUGCGUUCGGCACAACCUCCUUGUUACUACACGGACGCGAAGAAAGCAAACUCUGAUUCUUUUCUUAUCCUCUCUUUCAACUUGUUGGGGAGAGGAGGAAAAAUUGGUUUUAAACUGUGGCUUCGAGGGUUAUUUCUUGAUUCCUGUUUUUGUUUUACUUAUGUCACGGCGACUGGAAGAUUUGGGAUGCUUGCAAAACCUGCUGCGGAAGACGCGGCAGUUCUGCCCGCAUGUCAGCUUCGACGUACUUUUCUAUCAAAUGCCAAAGAUUAACCAUCAGUCUCAUCUCGCUGUAAUCACUCAUGUCUAGGUAGUUCUGACUGAUACUUUUGAACCGCGAUUUUCAUC